UAAAAAAAAUAAUGUAAUUUAUUAUAACGUAAAUUUAAUUAAAGUUUAAUUUUAUUAAAUAAAAAGGGUGAAUCAAGAGCAAAUCACAUAUUAAGUGAUAAAAAAUGUCGCAGUUACCAGGAUGGCUUUGGCCAAAUUCUAAUAUUUUAUCCCCUUUAUACAAGAGAAUAUGGGAAACUGUUCAAGAUGAUUGUUGUAGAACUGAUACAAGACAUGGCGAAGCACUUGUGGAUACAAAUAAAAUUUUUCCUUUAUUACUAACUAGUCAAUUGUCUACAGAAGUUCUUGGUUAUAUUUGGAGUUUAGCAAAUCAAAAAUACGCCGGACAAUUAACAGAACAAGAACUUUAUGUCGUUCUUGCAUUAGUUGCCCUGGCUCAAGCAUCCUAUCCUUUUAGUAGUUUAGAAGUUUUAUGUUAUAUUCGUAAUCCACCAAUGCCAACUUUAAACUUAUCACUUUUUGAUGUAAAUACACAAAAAAACGAAAUGCAAAGUCUUGUAUCUUCAUUUGAAGCAUCUAUAAAUUUUUCUUUUACAAAUAAGAAUAAUGGAAAUGUAAUUAAACCAAAUAAUUUAUCUUCCAAUAUUGAUGUAUUGCCUUACGAGCAAAAUUAUUCAAAUAAUAUGAAAGAUAUUAAGUUUUCUUCUGGGCAUUCAUAUUCAUAUAAUACAGAUACAAUUUAUGGAUAUCAAAAUUUUUAUAAUCAGUCAGAUGUUAGGCAUCAAUUAUUAAAUUUUAAUACAGAUUCUAGCGAUGAUUUUUGUGAUUUUCAAAGUGGUCCAGAUUUAAAACAAGGAUCUGCAAUUGGAAGUAGACUUGCUAAUCAUAAUCUUGGAGUUAAAAAAUUAAAUGAUAAAAUAAAAAAAUUUAGUGUAAAUAAGAGUAAUAAAAAUAAUCAAACACAUAAUUUAACAACUUUUAAUUCAACAUUGUGUAAUAAAGAAAUAGAAUCUAAUAAGCAUUUAUCACUAUAUUUUCCAAAUGGCAUUCUAAAAAAUCAAGAAAAAACAGUUAUACUUAAGGAUACAGCAAUAAGAAAUAAUGAUCAUUUUAAAAUGAUUAAGCCAAUUACAAAGAAUUUUAUAAGUAAUACAGAAAAUGUAGUUUUAAAUAAAAUUGGUUUAGAAUCAAUAUCUACUUGUUCCAAUAAUAUUGAUACAGUUUACACCAUUAGUACACCAUUAAAAGAAUUAAAAGAAGGGAUAAAGCAAGAUUUAAUGAUUUUACAACCUACUGAAGAUAAGUAUAGUGCAUUAAGGAUGAUAGUUGAUGAAACUUCAAAUUUUCCAAAAUCAAAUGAAAAGCCACCUACUUAUUUAGAUGACUUUGGAGAAUUUGUCUCUGCAGAAAAUGUGGAACCUAUAUCAUUAAUUAAUAGUUCUAAUACAGUUAAUUCAAUAGAUCUAUUGGGUGUUUUUGAUUUUAAUCAAGAAGAUUUAAUAGGUAUAACUAAUAAGUGUAAUUCUUCAUUAAUUCAAGAAAUUACAGAUGGUUUUAAUGUACUUACCUUUGAAGAUAUGACAGAUCAAUAUAAUAAAAAAAAAGAUGAUAUAACAGAGCAAAUUGUUCAAAAAGAUUCUUUAUUCGUCAAUAAUAUAGAAUUAGAUCAUGUAGCAUCAACAAUUUGUACUCACUCUGAAUCUAUGUCUAGCUUAGAUUCAAAGUCAUUUUUACAAAUGGGUUCAGAGUAUGAAGAACAAAUAAAAAAUAUGAUUUAUUGGAAAUGGAAGCAUUAUAUGGAAAGUUGUAUCGUAUUAUUACAAGUUGCAGCUAACAUAUUUACAAAUAUAAGAUCUAAAAUAAUUUUAAAAGAAGUUUUAUUAUCUGCACAAGGAUAUAAUUUUCUCUGCAAUUUAGCUGAAGUAGCAGCCAUUUGUAGAAGGAUUAAUUUCUCAUGCAAAGAAAUUGAUAUUAAUAUAAUCGGUUUUAAUGAUUUAUUAAUGAAUAUUGAUCAAAUAUGGUCUGAAAUGGAACCGUUUUAUUUAAAUAUACCAAUUGUUACAGAAUUACCAUCUUGGCCUGCGCAUCAAGAAGAUGGUAUAGUUUGUGCACUAUGUUUAACUAUAAUAACUACUGGGAGAGUUAUAUCUAAUAAAAAUAAUUAUCAUAUAACUUGUGCAAAUUUAUGGUUAAAUAUUGUAAAUAAUAAUUUACCUGUACUUCAAUAUCCACUGCCAUAUUUGUAAUCUACUAUUUCUUACAAUGUAAAUCAUUUAUAAUUUUUGUGUUAAUAUAAAGUAAAUAUUCUAAAUGACAAGUAAAUAGA